AUGAGUAAAAUCAGAGUUGUUAAUCCCAUCGUGGAAAUGGACGGUGAUGAGCAGACAAGAGUUAUUUGGAAACUCAUCAAGGAAAAGUUGAUAUUGCCAUAUUUAGAUGUGGAUUUGAAAUACUACGACCUUUCAAUCCAAGAGCGCGAUAGGACAAAUGAUCAGGUUACAAAGGAUUCUGCUUAUGCCACUUUAAAAUAUGGUGUUGCUGUGAAAUGUGCCACUAUAACACCCGAUGAGGCAAGAAUGAAAGAAUUUAACCUUAAAAAAAUGUGGAAAUCUCCGAAUGGAACAAUUAGAAACAUCCUAGGUGGAACUGUUUUUAGAGAACCCAUCAUUAUUCCAAAAAUACCUCGUCUGAUCCCCCACUGGGAAAAACCGAUAAUUAUAGGCCGUCAUGCUUUUGGUGACCAAUAUAGGGCUACUGACAUCAAGAUCAAAAAGGCGGGCAAAGUAAGUUUACAGUUCAACUCAGAUGAUGGUAAAGAAAAUAUUAAUUUAAAGGUUAAUGAAUUUACUAAAAGUGGUGGCAUCGCAAUGGCAAUGUUCAACACAAAUGAUUCUAUUGAAGGUUUUGCAAAAGCGUCCUUCGAAUUAGCUCUCGAAAGAAAACUACCAUUAUUCUUUACAAGCAAAAACACUAUUUUGAAAAAUUAUGAUGACCAGUUUAAACAAAUUUUCGAUAAUUUGUUUGAUAAAGAGUAUAAGGAAAAAUUUCAGGCCUUAGGCAUAACAUACGAGCAUCGAUUGAUUGAUGAUAUGGUAGCACAGAUGUUAAAAUCAAAGGGCGGGUUUAUAAUCGCGAUGAAGAAUUAUGAUGGUGAUGUCCAGUCCGACAUUGUGGCACAAGGAUUUGGAUCUCUUGGUUUAAUGACUUCCAUAUUAAUUACACCAGAUGGUAAAACGUUUGAAAGUGAGGCUGCCCAUGGUACGGUGACCAGACAUUUUAGAAAAUAUCAAAGAGGUGAAAAAACAUCGACAAAUUCAAUAGCUUCAAUAUUUGCCUGGACAAGGGCAAUCAUACAGAGAGGAAAGCUAGAUAAUGCAGGUGACGUUAUAAGAUUUGGAAAAUUACUAGAAAAGGCGACUUUGGACACAGUGCAAGUGGACGGGAAAAUGACCAAAGAUUUGGCAUUGAUGCUUGGAAGGACUAAUAGAUCAUCAUAUGUAAAUACAGAAGAAUUUAUUGAUGAAGUUUCUAAGAGGCUCGAAAACAUGGUCAUCAGCUCUAACGGAGGUAAGAAAGACAUGUGCAAACUAUAA